GACACAAGAACGCUGUCUGUUUCUUUACCGAUAAGUCUUCCUCUCACACUCUUUAACUAAAAUCAUGGCAUCGUUGAUUCGAUCACGAUUCAAAACAAGUUUAGUUUUCAAAGUAAUGUCUUCGUGCAGAUUCGUAUUUUUGCAGUGUUGAUCGAUUGAAACCAUUACUCUUGGGCCAUGUCGUGGUCCAAGGCAUGGAGAGGGACUCGGGUUUCUUCAUAUUUACACAACAUUCAUCGAACAUCGAGGACUGUGCCUCUUGUUCCUUGCUCUCGUUAUGGAGCUUGUAAUGGCAAUCAGCAUAAUCUCCUAAGCAAGAGAGAGCUUUGGGGAAGCUCAUCUUCGUUUUCCCACUCUAAAUCCAUGUUACUUGGUGGUGGUGCUCAUCGCCAGUAUUCUACUCACUCGAUAACAGAAACCAAAUCGAAGAAAAUGCUCUACUAUCUCACUGCUGUUGUCUUUGGCAUGGUUGGCCUAAACUACGCUGCUGUGCCUUUGUAUAGAACAUUCUGCCAAGCUACUGGUUAUGGCGGUACUGUUCAACGCAAAGAGACUGUUGAGGAGAAGAUUGCUAGACAUUCAGAAUCUGGCACCGUCACUGAAAAGGUACCUAGAGAUAUUGUGGUGCAGUUCAAUGCUGAUGUUGCAGACGGGAUGCUGUGGAAGUUCACUCCAACUCAAAGAGAGGUGAGAGUAAAGCCUGGAGAAAGAACACUCGCCUUUUACACUGCUGAAAACAAAAGUUCAGCCCCAAUAACCGGAGUCUCCACAUACAAUGUCACUGCCAUGAAGGCAGGGGUUUAUUUCAACAAGAUACAGUGCUUUUGCUUUGAGGAGCAACGACUUCUUCCGGGAGAACAGAUCGACAUGCCGGUGUUCUUCUACAUUGAUCCUAAGUUUGAGACUGAUUCAAGAAUGGACGGAAACGAUAUGCAUGUUCAAUGA